AUGGACUUGAAAGCUGCUAGAGAAGAAAGGAUAUUGACUUUGAACGAACUCGAUGAGUUUCGUCUCGAUACAUAUGAGAAUGCCCGGAUUUACAAGGAGAAGACAAAAAGGUGGCAUGACAAGCAUAUCCGGAAGAAGGACUUUGAAGUAGGGCAGAAGGUGUUUUUGUUCAAUUCUAGGCUUAGGCUUUUUCCCAGAAAACUUAAGUCUAGAUGGUCCGGACCGUUCACAGUGACAAGAGUUCACCCAUACGGAGCGGUGGAAGUGUCACAUAAAGAAAAUGGCACCUUUACAGUAAAUGGACAGAGAUUGAAGCCCUACAUAGAUGGGAUGCUGAGUUGCAAAUCAAUCCCAAUCCGACUUGACAUGAAAGACAUGAAAGACAUAGGAGAGUGGAGCUAUCGACUAUAA